AAUGCAUAUUCUUAUUGCAAGACUAGACAUGAUAGUUUUACUGACAUAACCUGAACCAUUGACUGAAAUAUAAUAAUAUGAAAUCUAAAAAUAUUUAAGAUUGAAUAAAUCCUUAUAUUCAGAAAAACAAAUCAAUUAACUAAUACAACUAAUACAAAGUAAAAACUAUGAUCAUAUUCGAAAUUUAUAUCAAAGAAAAUUUACAAGGUAUAUAUAAUUAUUUAAGAGACUUGAAGAGCUGUUAUCUUUGGAUUUAUCUAUUGAAUAAAUAUAUGAUUAUUGUAUUCGAGUUUAUUUAAAGGAAAUCAAAAAGCCAGGCACUACUAUUCUAAAAACCUACAAUAAUAUAAUAGAAACUCAUAGAUAUUAGUAGUUAUAUUUCCUCAAAGAACCCUCUUCUUAUCAAUAUCAUUAUAAUUGUUUAGAUUUAGAGUAAGAUGAAUCAAAUAAAUAUUUAUUAUUAUCUUCAUUAUAUAAUAGGAACAGAUUUGAAGAACCUAGAUUCAUUUAUGUAUCAGAUCUACUUAGAAGAAGAAUGCAAUAAAUGAUCAAAGAUAUCUAAGAUAGAAAUUUAACUAUUCAAAAAAGUAUUAACUUAUAUUAUCACUAAAAUAAAAAGAAAUAAUAUUGUCUUACACCUAAACCUAUGAGAUCUCGCAAUAAUACUUUUUAUAAAAACAAUGUUAAAUUAACAGGAUUGAGAGUUUAAACAGAAUUUGUUAUAGAAAAGAGAUUACCUGCUCGAUCUAUAUAUCAAAUUAAAAAAAUCUAGUUAUUUGAUGAAAAUGAAAAUAGUACUCCUAAUAAUAAAAGUAGUUGUAUUGCUUUAGGAAGACCAAGGAGUCAUAUAAGAACGAAAUUUUAAUAACUGAUCAAUUGA